GGCGUUGUCCCUCCUGCGAAGUCAGCUGAAUCGUCAGUCAUGAUCCUUCCCCGGCCUUUGAUCGUGGUUUUGGCCUUAAUGGCAAUGGUUUACUCGGCGAAGGCCGGUGGAGGCGGAUAUGGGAGCAGAGGAGGCGGUGGAGGAGGUGGCUUUGGUAAUUCCGGUGGAUUUAGUGGCGGCGGAGGACACGGUGGAGCUGGUGGAUUUAGCGGAGGUGCUGGAGGAGUAGGAGGAGGAGGAUUUAGCGGAGGUGCUGGAGGAGGAUUUAGCGGAGGAAGCGGUGGUCGAGGUGGAGGCAGCGUCGUCCGCGCGCGCUUGGUUGGCGUUGGCGUUCUUCCUAGCGUCGGUGGCGGUUCAGGUUUCGGCGGUGGCAGCGUCGGCGGCGGCGGCGGCGGUUUCGGCCAAGGCGGAGGACGAGGAGGACAAGGAUCCUUCGGCGGAGGACGAGGAAGUGGCGGAGGAAGCUACGGAUGUAAAAAGGAUAUUUUUUCCCAUAAGGACGAAGGAAAAACAUCAACAAUGCUUACAAUUCAUGACUUGCAGAAAGAUUUCAGAUCUGGAAAAAUCAAGAUUUCAUUUAUGAAGUUCAAGGACAUUUCAGCAAAUCCGUGUGUCCUUGUCGAAGAAGUAGAUGUCUGGCAUAAAUACGGGACAAAGAUCGUUGUUUUGGCCUUAAUGGCAAUGGUUUACUCGGCAAAGGCCGGUGGAGGAGGAUACGGGAGCAGAGGAGGCGGUGGAGGAGGUGGCUUUGGUAAUGCCGGAGGAUUUAGUGCCGGCGGUGGAUAUGGAGGUGGAAUCGGAAGUGGAUUUUCAGGCAGUGGAUUUAGCCAUGGUGGAAGUGGCGGAUUCGGUGGUGCCACAGGAUUUGGAGGAAGCAGUGGAUUCAGCGGCGGUGGAUUUAGCGGAGGAAGCGGCGGGUAUGGCGGUGGACGAGGUGGAGGCAGCGUCGUCCGCGCCCGCUUGGUCGGCGUUGGCGUUCUUCCUAGCGUCGGCGGCGGCUCGGGCUUCGGCGGCGGCUUCGGCCAUGGUGGAGGACGAGGAUCCUUCGGCGGAGGACAAGGAUCCUUCGGCGGAGGACGAGGAUCCUUCGGUGGAGGACGAGGAAGUGGCGGAGGAAGCUACGGAUGGUAAUCAUCAUACUCCAAGAACAUUUGGCUUG